AUGACCCUCCCGCUCGCCUGCCCGCCGUCCUCCUGUGGCUCGUCGGACCCACCGACGGUGCUCCAGCGGAAGCGGCGGCGAAGAGCGCCUGCUAGUGGUGCCUCGGACGACUGCUUCGCUUGCACCAAGAGGAACACCAAAUGCGACCGCCGACGACCCUACUGUUCACAAUGUCUCGAGGUUGGCAAAGAAUGCUCAGGAUACAAGACCCAAUUGACCUGGGGCGUGGGCGUGGCCAGUCGAGGCAAGCUGCGAGGCCUGUCUCUACCCGUUGCGAAAUCUGCGCCAGUUCCCAGGAGCCCACCAGCAAGCCGGCCACGAGCAUCCUCGUCGAUGUCGGGAUCUCUUGAGCCCACCGAAGAGGAUGUCAAAAUCAAGCUGGAAUCGAUGCGGCCCAUGCCUUCAACCCCAUUCAUGACCUACGACUUUGUCAAUAUGGCCCCCCACGGCGGUGCGCCCCAAAUCCAGAUGCCAGAAUGGAACUUGGCUGUAUCACAGGACUACUCGUUGCACGACUAUCAUCAGGAUCCGAUGAACCAUCAAAGACAACUUCCGCAAUUGCACCGCCUGCACACGCUCAGCCUUGGCCGUAGCGAUGGCCUGGGCAUCUCCAGCAGCAUCGACUCCCUCAGUGCCUACGCUGAGAGCGAUUAUGCAUCUCCUAUCAGCCAGUCCUUCCCAGACAACGACAUCCCCUUCAUGCACAGCCCCGUGCCAAUAUACAACAGUUACUCCUCGCGUAAUUCUGUCACCGACAGCCCCGUACCAGGCAUGAUGCAAGAUGCUUCACGUGGACCAACAUCCUGCCCUGAACAAUUCUACGCUCAAUCUGAGAUGAGUUCGAGCAUUAGUUCUCACCAAAACAUGUACGAUAUUGCAGAAGGCCGUCAGCAUGACUCAUCCCCAGUUCCCCAGGAUAAUUUCUACGAUGACGAGAUGAUUGGCAACCACCAACAAAAUUCCAAUGGCUUAGACAUCUAUGCCACCAGUGCUCGGUCAAGUCACUUUGGUUGGACUUCGAUCAAUGACGAUGAUGCUGCAUCGCAAGCGGCUUCAGAGCCUGACCUCUACCACAUGCAUAGCCAUGACCCAAUGGUACCCUCCCUCGCUGAAAUGUCACCCCGAAUUUCAUUCUUUCUUGAUUACUACGAGAAAAUUAUCUGUCCAUCAGUAGUUGUGAUUGACAGUCCCAGCAAUCCUUAUCGGGAGCACAUCCUCAGUCUUGCUUCCUCUAGCAGGAGUUUACAGCAUGCAAUCUGCGCCCUCGCCGCGUGCAACCUUCGGAUGAAACGAAAGCAGUCGCUCGGACAAGACCAUUGGCGCCAACAGCCUCUCGAACUGGAACUGCAAGACCGAAUCAAUGGCGGCGUUCCCUCUCGGCCCAGGCAUAUUCGGUCGACCUCUACCCAUACUGCGGCGUCACCUGACACUCAACCACAAGACUCCUCCCUCCAAGAAGAAUACCAGCAUCGAACACUCGCCGUGUCUCUCCUUAACCAACAACUCAGCGACCCCUCCAAGGCUCGUCAUGACUGCGUGCUUGCAACCCUAUUUAUCCUCUGCCACUACCGAAUGUGCGAAUCCGGCAUUGCGCAAUUCCGGACUCAAUUCGCUGGCGUCAAGAAGAUUCUUGGCAUGAGAGAAUCCGGUAUGGAGAAUGGCAACUGGGGCUGGAUGGAGACUCUCUUCACCUACUUCGAUGGCAUCGCUGCCAGCAUCAACGACCGAGAAGCACAACUCCGUGGUGGCUACUUGGAAAUGAUCGCAAGCCCCUGCAAUCCCAACCAUGCUCUCGAGAACAUGGCUGGUUGCGAUUCUGUUCUGUUCAAGACAAUCGGAAAGCUUGGGCGCUUGAACAUGCUUAGUCAACAUCGAUCUGUCAUGGAUGAGGGCUCACCCAUCACCAGCGUACGUCGACAACCACCACCUCGACCUCGGCCUGGACUUGCCGGUCAAGCAUUAGUAGACUUUUACAACCUUCACGCACACAACUUCGAUGGAAACGGAUUUGCUUCGACCCUCGAUGACGACGCAUCAUUCCCCCUCCUCACGUCCGCCGCAUCACAUGAUGAUCUUCGCUCAAAUUUCUGGACGGAAUGGAAAGCUGCACGCGUCGCAUUACAAGAAUGGGAAUUCGAUCCUACCAGACUCGUUGCCACACUUCCUGUCACCCCCUCGCCUACUCAACUUCGAGACUUUGGCUACAUCUCGGAAGCUUUCCGAUAUGCUGCGCUCCUCUAUACCGAGCGCCUUGCCUGCCCUACCCUAUCCUCCUCUCACCUCAACUUCCAGAACUUGGUCUCACAAGUUCUCUUCUACGUCACAAGCCUCGAGCAGGCCUCUGGUGCAGAGAAGUUCCUCCUCUGGCCACUUUUUAUCUCAGGGAGCGAAUGUGUAAAUGAACUACAACAAAGCAUUGUGCGCACGAAGUGCAGGGAGAUAAUGGGCAAGAGCGGAUAUCUUAAUAACCUCGCUGGACUCGAGGUCCUGGAGAAGCUGUGGCUAGAGAAAGAGGAGAACGGGAUGGAGAACCGCGAUGCAUUUGGUGGUCCCUUCCGAUGGACCCGCUUUAUGGAAGGCUCCGAGGGAGAGUGGAUUAUGGUUUAA